AUGCCAAAAGAGUUAGAUAAGCCUCCCCUGGUGUUAGUUACAGGAGCUUCGGGGUAUCUGGCUUCUCAUGUGGUUCGUUUGUUACUGCAAGAAGGAUACCAAGUUAGGGGAACAGUGAGAGACCUGUCCAAUGAACACAAGGUUAAACCACUUAAAGAACUGUGUCCAAAUUCUCGGUUUCCUGUACAACUGGUCGAGGCUGAUCUUCUCAAGAAGGAAGGGUGGGACAACGCUUUAAAGAACUGUGAGUAUAUUAUGCAUGUUGCUUCCCCAUUCCCCAAUAAGCCCCCGUCACAGGAAGAGGAUCUGCUGAAGCCAGCUGUAGAUGGAACUUUAUUGGUCCUCGCGGCCUGUGCUCGAGCUGGAAGUGUUAGGCGAGUGGUCAUCACUAGUUCUAUCGCUGCCGUCCACGGGGAAACAGUGGUAGCCAAUGACCGAGUGUACGGACCAAAAGACUGGACCAAUAUAAAUUCUCCCUUUACAGACGCUUAUGCUAAGAGUAAGACUUUAGCGGAGAAAUGUGCUUGGGAUUUCAUAAAGAACCUUCCCGAAGAGCAAAGAUUCGAACUAGUUUCCAUCAACCCAGGAGUUAUACUAGGACCAAUGUUGACAAAUGUCGUGGGUACUAGUGUCUUUCCGCUAAAAAGGAUGAUGAACAAGACAAUGCCUUUGGUUCCAGCUGUUAACUUCUACUUAUGCGAUGUUCGAGAUGUGGCCCUUGCUCAUUUGAAAGCUAUCACAGUACCAGAAGCUGCAGGAAAAAGGUUCAUCGUUGGAAGUGAAUCCCUUUGGUUCCAGGAAAUGUCCCUCAUUCUUUUCGAAGAGUUUGUAAACCAAGGAUACUGGGUGUUUCAUCGCCACUGUCCUUAUUGGCUGGUUUGGUUGACAAGCUUCGUGGAUUCAAGUGCUGUUCUGAUAUUACCCAGAAUUGAAAAUGUUUACCAAUUUGACAACAACCUGAUGAUUAAGAUCCUUAAGUUAACUCCUAGAACCCCCCAAAAGACGAUUAUUGAUACAGCUUAUAGUCUGAUAGAAAGAGGGAUUAUUCCCAGAACUAAAUGGUACACAGGACCAAAAGAACGAGAUAACUGGUGA